AUGACUAUCUGUCCCCAUUGCUCUCUGUCCUCCAGACUGCAGGCAGUCGGCCAGGACGCCCAGCCCUUCCGACUCCCCACCACCGUGACCGAGCUCUACACGGAGGUGUUCCGGCGUCUUCUCAUGUCGCCCUACUCCGUCAAACCCUACAUCCUGGACGGAGACAGGUCGUGGAAGGACAUCCACCUCCGACUCAUGGCGCUCGGUCAAAUCGCCUGGGAGGAGCUCAAGUGCAACAGGACGACGUUUUCCGUACAGGACUUAAGAGACACCUACAAGGUUCUGGACAGACUCCUACCCAUGGGGGUUCUGAGGAUUGAGAAACAGUACGAGAGGGGACUACAGAACGAGCUGGUGCUGUCACAGAAGUGCUCGUUUAUUAACAGAACAUGGCAGGAGUACUUCGCAGCUUUUUACGUAGGAGAGAAGGCGAAGAGUCAACCGAAUUCUCGGCAAACCGCGCAAUACCUGCAGGCAUGCCUGGAACGGGACAACUCUCUGGUUUGUCUUUUCACAGCCGGGCACCUGAAGUCCAAGGCCAGCCCGCUGAUCCGGACCAUCGAGCGGGAGAUCAAGUUCUACCGGAAGGAGGUGGAGCGGGUGCCCAAGUCUCGCGAGGCCGAGCUCCGGCUAACCGACCUGCUGCGGACCGGGCUGGAGUGUUUGCAGGAGUGCCGAUCUCAGACUAGCUUCGUGCACGUUCUGGCGCAGUUCUUCACGGAGAAGCUGCACAUCACGGAGAAGUGCACGGCGGCGUGUCUCUACAGCAUCGCGGACGUGCUCAAGUUCCAGGGCAGGGAGCAGACGGGCCGCAGGGACCAGGUCUUCGUCAACACACUACAGGUAACAUGA